AUGACUGACGGGCAACCCCGCAGUCACGUGGAGCUCUGGAACAUUAUUUUCCCGAAUCACUUGUUGUUACCCGCUGUACACGCAUUUGCACUUGGCGUUGAAGCCCUUUUGAAGGUGUGCGUACACCCCGCCCAUCACUAUCGCCGCAGAUAUUCGAUUCAGAUGUCUCCCCUUCCCCUCCAGGGCUUCGACGACUAUGCCACCAUAGCCCAGCUCGUCCAGCCUCCGCAGAUCCCUCCGCAUCGCUCGCACGAUCCGUCGAAUAAUCAAAAACGAACGGAUCCCUUCCAGUUUGGCUCUCGAUACCUUGAAGAGGGUGACAACGUGUUUGAAUUCAACGCCUGGGAUCAUGUCGAAACGGAUGAAGAUUACAAGCAAUAUACGGAAUUACAAAUAGCCAAGCAGCGCGAGGAGCCAGUCUCAGACUUUGACCGUCAGCGGUUCAAUUCUGACCCCGCGAAAUGGUGGAAUCUAUUCUACAAGAACAACACGAGUAACUUCUUCAAAAACCGGAAAUGGCUGCAGCAAGAAUUCCCUGUCUUGGUGGACGUUACCAAGGCUGAUUCUGGUCCCAAAGUCGUCCUAGAAGUUGGCGCGGGAGCGGGGAAUACGGCGUUUCCGAUUCUGGCGAAUAACUCCAACCCAGACCUAAAGAUACAUGCCUGCGACUAUUCCAAAAAAGCAGUUGAAGUAAUAAGAUCGAAUGAAAAGUACGAUGAACAGUAUAUCAAGGGCAGAUGUAUGGGACGUUACAGCCGAAGCCAGGGGCCCAAGUUCUUUUCAAGAGACUACGGUCGUGGCGACUUGGCCCAAGUGAGGUUCAAAAAAGGGCGGUAUUUAGCGGAAAACUUCUAUGUCAGAGGUGACGGGACCAGGGUUUAUUUCUUUGAAAAAGCCGAACUUGCACAUAUUUGGGGCAAAUGGUGUCCACAAGCGGGCUUGCCAGAAUACCAGGAACUGCCCCUCGAGGAUCCCGAGGCUAGCAGCGUUGGAGAAGGUGCUGCAUUUGAGAUUGUUGAUCUUGCGGUGGACCGACGGCUGAUUGUGAACCGCAAAAGAAAACUAAAAAUGUAUCGAUGCUGGAUGCAGGGCCGUUUCCGAAAGAGGGAGAGUCCACCGAACGGUGCCCGUGUUAUGUUGACCGCAGCUGAAAAGGGCGAACCUGGAAACUGA